UUGAUAUUUCAAACUUAGAUUAUUUUAUCUACCAGAAUUCAUAGUUUGAAAUAUUUAAGGUCUAGACAUUGGGAUGCAUGAGUCAGGGAUAAGAAAAUCCUAAUUGUGUGUUUUCGUGGAUAAUCUCUUUAAUUCUAGUUAGGCCUGGUUGAAUGUCAUGCUUGACUUGCAUUUAAGAAUAGAUUUCAUGACAAUAUGUUGUCUCGGAUAUUUUAUUGGAAGCUGUUGAUUUCACAGUUUUUACUGUUUACAGAUGCAGCAAGAGUCAACAGGAAGCAAUGUACACCAACUCAGAAUGAUGUUGAAGGCCCAUUUUUUGUAGAAAAUGCUCCAACAGAAACAGCUAUAGCCCCGGAGGCUCAGUUAAGGGAUGCAACGGAGGCUGUUAAAAUCUUUGGCCAGGUGCAGAGCUGUGAGAAUGAAACUUUUGGUAACCGUCCAAAAAAAAUUCGGAAAAAAGGAGCUACAGUAGAUAUCUGGUAUGCAGGUAAAGAUAAAAGUGGAAAUAAAGUUGCCUACACCUUCCCUCCUAACUAUCUCUGGUUUAGAGGACAAACUCAAUCUAAGAAGGAAGGUGUUUAUGAAUUCCAAGCAACAUUUCCUGGUGUUUACGAUGCUAGACCUAUAGUGCAUUAUCAUAUCAAGAGCGUACUCUCAGAAAGUGUUUCAACUACAGGGUGUCCCACGAAAAAUGACAUUGGAUGAAAAGUUUCUUCUAUAUACUGUUUAAGAUAUUAAAGACUUUUUGCAGUUCAUUUCGUUAAAAACCUUUUACUUUGAAAUAAAUUUAUAUAUAG